GUAAAAAGUACCAUAAUUUUCUCUUCUCUCGAGCAAGUGACACGAGCUGGCUCCAUGCCUGCGGCGUUAUAGAUUCGAUCUCAUACUAACUCACCGCACUCACUAGCCUGAAUGCUGAAUCUGAUCCAUAACUCUUGAAGGAGGACACGCCCGAUGCUGGAAGCAUCGAGGCAUCUGGACGGUACCAUCACUUGUUUCAGCCGUCACCAGGAAGACGAUACACGCUGUAGGUAGAGCAAAGGAUCAAUCCUCCACAGGUCCACGGUACCCUCAGGACAGGCAUAACUUCACGACUCCGUUUCAACAUCCAUUGAUCCUUCACCGGCCCACGAUUCUGUAUACCAAUCAUGUCCGCCACGACAUCAAUAUUCCACCCCUACCUCUCCCGAAUCCUAUCCUCACACCUCUCCUCCAUCCCAAUCGACACACUAAGCCGCACACCGCCAUCACGCCUCCAGACCACCGCCCUCCCAAAUAUCGGCCUUAUCGAACUCGUGUCGGCAACCGACUUCACAACCCUCUACGACCCCCUCUACAAAGCCAGCUUCCCACGCCGCGCUGAACGCGAGGACUCCGACCUGAUCACAGCACGUCUCGCCGCCCAAUCCGCCGGCACCAGAACAGGCCUCGCACCCUACCGUAUAGUCGGUAUCCGGGACCACGAAGGUCAAGCUAUCGGCGCCGCCCAAUUCUCUGUUCUACCGCUUCCCACGCACCCUUACCCUCACUCUGACAACACGUCCAGCAACGACAACAAUGACACCCCAUCCUUCGCUGUCCCCUAUCUCCAAUACAUAUACGUCCGCCCCUCGUCCCGUCGUCAAGACAUGUCCGAAGUCCUGCACACAAUGGUCCUAGCCGUCGCAUCCGCGGACGCACUCGCCAUGUCCGCCCAACCACGCACAAUCCCCUUCACACUUUUCGAGACCGAACCGCCGGACCACGGAGACGACGCAACAAGUCGUGCCUACGCCAAGGAACGCUCCAAAAUCCACACGAGCACGGGAGGCGUGGCUGUCGUGUUGCACCGCGAAAGCGACGGCAAGAUCCUGAGCGCUCAUGUCCAGCCUGGUCUAGAGACUGGAGACCCGCCACUGACUCUAGUCUGGGUGAUACGACAGUCCCCAAGUCCAGGGCGGCCGUGGGACAUCAGAUCGAUCGGCAAAGACCUCGUGGCUGCUUACUACCAGAGUCUACGGGAUGAAGGGUUUCCCGAAGAGAACAUCCGUCUUGCCGAACGAAUAGUGGAAGCCAGGUGCAAAGGCGCCGACUUCUAUCUGAUGGCGCUGGGGGAUGUCAGAGACUUCACGGACCCAGAACACUUGGACAUUUAUCCCAGUAAUUGAAUGACAUUGUGAACGAUUGAGCGUACUUAACUAUGAACCGAGAGUGACGAUACGAAACUAUGAGACCAAUCAAACAAAAUCUCUGGGACAACGUAGCUCAACAGAUACAAUCUGUGAGCCACGGCUCAACCAGACGACCUUUGCAGAACCAGCAAACUCAAAGAGGGGGAAAAGGAGU